GCGACAGAGAAGACUCAAAUGUCUUGCUCAAAUGACUCUUAAUUUAGUUUUAUUAGAAGCUUGUGUUGCGUCAACGGUGAUCUGUAAUAGGCGUAAAAAUUACGGGAAGAACGGUCACGGACGACAUAACCUGUCCAAUCGCUGGACGCUUGUGUUUAACCGCGAUUCGAAAUAAUGGCUAUGCACGAAGACUUCAAUUUCGCCGAGUUGUGCAGACUUUGUUCAUUGAAGAGCAGCCACCAGCUUCAAAUUUUUGACAAGGAAGGCGAGCAGCGGCAGUUACUUUUCAAAAUACGUUCCUGCAUUCCUACUGUGAUAACUAAAGAGGACGGAUUACCGAGAAAUAUCUGCCAGAGAUGUGUGUAUAAACUAGAUAUGUUCUACGAGUUCCGUGUGAGCUGUAUGACUACGGACACUGUCUUAAAAAAUUACGCGGAUAGUUUGAAGCACCUCGCUGCAUCAGUGAAUCAGGGCGCGGACAAAGACAAGAUGCCUAAUGGUAGCCAGCAGCAACAGCAGCGGUCAGCUUACGUGGAAGCGCACGCGGUGGCCCAUGCUGCAGUGCAGCAGCACAUGGCACAACAAGCGGCACAGGCAAGGCUCGCAGGACCCGGCCCACUUGCAACACCUCAAACUCCUAAUCCUACGUUUACGUUACCGGAUGAUGGCCUUGGCUACGACGACGGUGUCCGGGUGCUUCGCUCGAUCGGAACGUGGUCUCCAGAUUACUCAGCGGCGAUGCGCCCCGGCGGAGUAAUGCCCCCGUUUCCCGGUGCAAUGGAUCAGCAGUUUGGGAGCAGAGCUCCAACAGUGAACCAGCCGUUAAGAACGACAAACAAUGUACCUUCUCGUCCGGGAUUCGCGUCUAAAGCGACUAAUACGGGUGAGCCCGCAAUAAAGGCGUUCGCCUGCACCGUUUGUGGUAAAGGCCUGGCCCGUAAGGACAAACUUGUUAUUCACAUGCGUAUUCACACCGGGGAGAAGCCAUAUUCCUGCGAAGUUUGCGGAAAAGCAUUUGCGCGCAGAGAUAAGCUAGUUAUUCAUAUGAACAAACUUAGACACAGACCAGGGGUCGCACCGCUUUCUACACCAGCAACUCCAAGUACGGAUCAACAACAGCAACAAGCUCAGCAACAGCAGCAACAACAACAGGCUCAGCAGCAGCAACAGCAACAGCAGCAACAACAACAGUCUCGUUCAGACACUAUACACAAGUUGAAGGAGGAACCAGUCAGUUGGGCGUGCGAAUUGUGCGGUCGAGCAUUGGCUACUAGGGAGGAAUGGAUGCAACAUGCUCGAUCCCAUUUAGAAGCGUCGGCUCCCCCGCAACACGCUGCGCCGUAUUUUCCAGGAUCAGUGCCGCCGCCGCAACCGUACGCGUCUGAAAGGCAUUUCUGUUUGAUGUGCCGCACCGAUUUUACGGAUAAGGCUGAAUUUAUGUUCCAUGUUCGCUCCCAUUUCGAACCUCAUUCACAGCAAACUCCUCCCCAGCACUCGAGCGGUAAACAAGCCGGUGACCCAGCAACGGCGGAGCUGAUUGCGCGUGGACUUGUCGAUCCCUCUGGAUUAUGCAGCUAGAAUUAUCCUCCUUGUCAAUAUGUACCAUCGAUUCGUGUCUUACCAUAGUACAAGUUCUCCACUCCAUUUCGACCAGAACUUUUUGCAUAGAACGUCAUGCAUAUUGUGAUUGUAAUGAAUAUGUACUGAUUUAUUAAGAAGAGGUGCACAGUAGUAUGUUCGUGUACAGAAUAUCGGUAGAAUGGUUGAUCAUUGGAAAGCUGUCGAGAAAUAUUUCCUUUUCCUUUUUCGAUACUGGCCCCCUUCGCACCUUUGACCGCUGCCAGCGAAUCAAUAAAUGCUUGCACACCGCCUUUAGAACGGAACAGAGGAUAAUAUUUUUUGCAUUAUGCAACAUAUCAGGAAAAUAAGAAACUCGAGUAAUCGUGGAAGUACUACUGUGUAUCCCGUAUACAUGUAUAUGAAUUAAGGACAUACGUUAUUCGUGAAAUGUUUAGGUACUGACGCGAUAAUAAUUUAUGGUAACAGACUCCACUAUUGCGUCAGUAUUUAAAUAUAAUUAUACUUAAUAGUAUACGUUCCUACAUAGCUAGCUUCCCGCCAUUUUUAACCAUUAGCAGUAAUCGCUAUUCGAUGUACAGGUUUGUUCUCAAUGCUAUCACACUAUUAUGUUUUUCACCUAUACGUUCCAAGAUCUGGAGAAUGCACUGUCUCGAAGUAGGUGUUUUUCUUUGUUCAAAUGAUGCUGAAACGAUUAUUACGUUGUAGGAAACUAUUUACGGAGAAUGCUAUUUG